CCCCAGCCCCCAGGUCUCUCUCCUGGGUCAGGAAAGAGGCCGGAUCCCAAUUGUGGAAGACAAAGAUGGGAGCACCUUAAAGAGGCCGGUGGGUGCUGAGGGGAUAGAGGGAUCCGGGUGUGCCGGGCAAUGUGGAGGAAUGUGGGCUUGCACGCCGCCCCCCCCCCCACCCCGUGUGUGGACAGGAACCCAGUUAGGGGGUGGAGGAGCUUUCUGGCUCAGGAAGGGUGUUGGACGCUCUGGAGGGUUUUCCAGGGGAGCUGGAAGCUGUGCAUUAUGAAGGAAAUGCGGGGGCAUCUCCUGGGGUUGGGGGGACAGCUGGGCCCUGCUCCCACAGUCCAGCUGUCACCAUGGUGAGCCUUUUAGCACCUGGCGGGUUAUUUGAAGCUGAAACUACAAGGGUUGCGGUGAGGCCGGGUGUUAAACUGAGAAGGUAGGAGAGGGGGUGAUUUAUGGCUUCAGAGAAGCUAUGUUUACUCCCAGACUGCUCUGGAAACCAAAAACCAAACAGAGCAGAGGCGGGAGGAGCCCCUCUCCUAGGAGUGGGAGGCGAUGCCAGCUUCCUUUGCUGGGAUUUAUUUUCCCAGAUGUGGGGAGAUGGUGGGAACUGUCCCUUUGCAGGCGCAGGAUGUGGUGGGUCUGUGUGAUGUAUAAGGAUAGUGUGCAAGCAUGCACACGUGGAGGUGUGUUUGUGUGUUGUGUGAGAGUGUUAGCACGCAGGGGUACACAUGUGCUCAGGCUGGGGUCCAUGGGGGUGCAGCGUCGCUUUGUGAGUGGGCACACGGGGCUGGGAAGGAGGCUCGGUGUUCUCUGGUCCUGGUCCUCUGUGAUGUGGUAGUUUAAACACAUUUUGCUGCCCUGUGCCCUCACCAUGGGGUGGUGCUGGUCCAGAAUGUGCUUUCUUUCCGCCCACAGCCAUGUGCAGACAGUCCACUUGGACUGGUCCUUCGCCCCUCUGGGCCAUGUGCAUGGACUCCCUGAUCUUCACUUUGAACCUUUAACUUUGCCAUGGGAGGCUAAGGAAUUAGUGAGCAUGGCUGCGUGGGAAGGAGAGGAGGAGAGGAGAAAAAGACCCCAGAAUAGUAGCAGAGCUCAGCGGUGUGACCCUGGGCCUUGGCAGGCAUGGGUUCCACCAUCACUGCUCCAAUUUUUCCCAAAGUCUCUGCUUGGGAAGGGGCAAGUGAGCACAAAGGAGAACAGAGCAAAAGAGCCAUACAGGAUGCUGAGGGGUGGGGAGAGAAAUAUUUUGACCCCAGAUAGUUAUUUCCUCAGGCCAAUUGGUGGCUCUUGCAUUUCUGUCUAGAAGCCUGGCUUUGCCUGGAAAUUGUUUUGCAUUAAAUUUUCUCAGCCGCAGAAUUAUCUUUCCUCGCCUCCAGCUAAACUUGCAUUUUUCCACCAGACACUUGGGCCCCGCACCAAUGAAAUCUGAGAGGAAGCGGCUGGGCCCUAAGUGGCCGUAAUUUAAUUGAUUUUAUCAUAAAUCAUCAACUUGAUGAAGAACCCGAGGUUUCAGUGAAGUAAAUUGAUAUUAAUGGGAGUUUCUUGAAAUGCAAACUCGCUGCAUUGUUGGGGCAUCUUGAACUGGGGAGGUGGAUUUCAUGUGUCCCAGGAGCAGAGAGCCUGGACCUGGAGCUCGCAGAGCAUUAGGGGGUAGGAAAAGCGAGCUUUGAGGGGUAGCUGCAAGCAGACCGAUUUCUGUAGAGGGAAGCAAGGCAGAGAAUGAAACUUUCUUGGGGAGGGAGCAGAGGCUGACUCUGAAACCUUCUUUCUGGCCAUUUUGGAAAUGCUGGUCUCCAACUGAGGAGGAGGCAGCUGGGGAGGCUGGUAGGUGUGUGGGCAGAGUUGGGGGUCGGGUGAGAAGGCCAGGCUGGUACAAUGGGUGCAUUGACUCCUGGUUAAAAAUUGCCAGGCCAAAGCCUUCCUCCUCUAAUUAUACAAAUUAAUUAUUUACUGCUCAGGUUGCUGUGUCCAAAAAUAGCACUUUUGAUUUGGUGAUGGAGAUAGAGAACACCCCCCCCCUCACACACACCACACACACACACACACACACAUGCACGCACACACGCACAGAGUGGUGGUAAAAACCAGUGUAUGAGCCUUGGGGGGGGGCAAGGAGAACCAGGCGUGGGGUUGGUGCUCAGCAGUGGGGGGUGUAAACAUUUAAUUCCAAGAAAAAAUACUCUGCUUUUGGCAGAGGUGGUGCCCUUUAUUGUCCGAACUCCGAGAUCAUAUUGUCGCUCACUUUUACAUGAGCAGACAGAGAACCGCAAGCUGUCAGUCCAAAAAGGGACCUGAGAGAUCUUUUAGACCAACCCCUCCCACUCCAUGCUCUAGCUUUACAGAGGGGACACUGAGGCCCAAGGAGUUCACUGCUUCAGACCACACAGCCAGUCUGGAAUGCCUAGAAUCCAAGCCUCCGGACUGCUGAGCCUAUGGACUUGAGACAAAUCACUCUCUGGCUAUGAGCCUCAGUUUCCCUGUCUGUAACAAUGGCAGGGGUUGGAGAGGACAGUGUCUGAGUUUCUCCCUAGGUCUGACCUUGGGAAACUCUCUAGUGCUUGGGAGCAGCUCUCUUGCGUGUCCCGGAGUUUUCUUUUCUUUUUUUAAGAUUUUAUUUAUUUAUUUGACAGAUAGAGAUCACAAGGAUGGGGAGCAGGCUCCCUGCUGAGCAGAGAGCCCGAUGCGGGGCUCGAUCCCAGGACCCUGGGAUCAUGACCUGAGUUGAAGGCAGAGGCUAUAACCCACUGAGCCACCCAGGCGCCCCGUAUCCUGGAGUUCUGAGGGUAUCUAGGCAUAGAAGUUACUGCAUGCUUGUUUGCAAAUAUUCAGGGAAUUUGUACGUGCCCAGAGCAGAGGAUGGUUACUCUGACUGGCUCUAGGAAAUCUGUUAGAAUCUGGACCAUUCCUCCUCUUGAAGGUGUCUUUAUUCUCAGCAGAGAAGCCCAGGCUGAGAGCAAUUGAGUUAGAAGUCAGUGGAGAGGGGCCAGCUAGCUGGGUUGGACUGCGAUUGGCAUUUGGGGGGGGGCAUGCAAAGGAAAGGGGGAGUUCCCCCUCACAGAGGAAGGCAUUUUUCUUGCCAGGCACUGGGUUGAGGCUGGAGUUAUCCGGAUUUCAUUUUUUGAAAUUCUUCCUCCUCCAGCCCAGGGACUGAAUUGUGGUUUCAGAAUUUGGAUUCUGUAAUGGUGGGCCACUGCCUGUCCCCCAGCCACACCCUGACCCCAGGGUCUUUGGGCCCUCUCUUUUUGGAAGAGGACACACUCAGGGUGGCACAGACUGUAGGUGUCUCCCAAGGGCAGCCAAGACAGAAGGCCUAUGCGGUGGGUGACCCCCACCCUAUUUUUACCCUUGUUUUCAUCUCUUUCCCCAGCUGGAAGUAGAUAAAAUUCGAAAGAAGUGAGGUUCUCCAAAGUUGUGUGGUUGUGAGAGGGAGAUUUCUUGUAGGGUCAGGGAUAUGCGAGGCCGCUAGGGGACCAGAGGUUUCCAGACUGCCUUGGAAAGUGUGGUCAGAUACAUGAGUUCUGGUCGGGGAGUGGGAAGAGACAGGCACAACUUCAUCUUUGGGGUUCUGGAAAUCAGAGUCUCUGUUUUGAGAGAGAGGGAGGGGAGUAAAAAAGACACCCAAAGGACUGGCAAGUCCACACUCUGGCCCUAUCCCAUUCUGACUCUGGGGUUUUAUAUUUGGAGGCAAUUCGGAAGGCCUUUCGCUGAUUGGUCAUUAAUCCGGUGAGUUAUUGUCUGCUAAACAGAGGUCACUGGGAGAGAGACUGCAAUCUGUCAGGAGAGACCUGCCCAGUCACUCGCAGUAGGCCCGGCCCCUGUUCCUUUCUUGCCUGCUUCUCCUUCCCUUCCCCAGCCACCCACCUCCUCCCCAAGCUGGCCAAGAUUCGCUCCUUCUCCUCGUGCCCUCUCCAGGCUGCCCACCUUUGUCUCCAGGCCGCCCGGGUGGGGUCUGCCAGGCCGGGACUGAGCUGAGUCUAGACGCUGCCGGCCCCGGAUUCAGAACCGGUUCCAGCGCCAACCAGGCGCCCGCCUACCCCUGACUCCGGACUUGGCCCGCGGCGUCGCCGCCCGCUCGGUCAGCGCAUCCAGGCGGCCUCUGUGGUCCCCGAGACACACUUAACGAACCCUCGUGGCUGCCCUGUUUUUCCCCCCCUGCUUCCCUCCCGCGCCCCUCCACUUCGAGUAGGGGGGGGGGAACAGAGCUUGCAUUUUUCUUCUCCAACCUUGGCGGCCUCCCUCUGUCUUCUUUCGAUACCCGCUUCCGCUGAGCCGGGUCUACGCGGGCCUCCGCGGGCCGCACGGAACCUUCUCCUUCCCGCUUCCCCUUUGUUUCCUCCCGCACGGGCCUUCUUAGAGAGGUGGGGGUUGGGAGUCCAGAUACCAAGAGUCAUCUUCAUUAGCAAUUUAAUUUUACAACCGCCAGCUUUGAAAUCUUUAUUAAUAUGCAAGCAGAGAUGGACGUUCCGGUGCGUGUGUGAACUCCACACAACUCCGCAGCCGCCACAAAGUUGGGCGGUGAAGCCGGAAAAGUGUGGGGCCCGGAGCCCAGACAGGACCAGGAAGAAACAGCUCUCUAAUCGCCUCGCCUCCUGCUCCCAGGUCCCAGCUUCUCAGUAAGCCGGUGGGUUGGUCGAGCUGGAGGCCAGAUCCUUGGUCACCCCAAAGCGGGUAUCAGAAAUCGAUUCUAAAGGAGCCAGCCAUUUUGUCCUUAUUGAGAGGAGAGUUUUCGUUUGCUCUUUGGCGGAUUUUUGGGGGGGGGGGGUGGAGAACAGACAUGAUCCCUCCAAGGCCUGGAAAGGUGGGCAGCCAGGAAUGGCUCUAAGAGAUUUAACUCGCUCCUUAUCCCCUGGUACUGGGUACGCAUUUAAGAGUGGGGGAGGGGGGUGCUGUAGCGAGUGAGAGGGGAAAAUAUGCCCAGAAGGGGGCCAUUUUUUCCAAGUUUUACCUUUAUUAUUAAUUUCUGCCUUUGUUAGAUUACCUUAAAGUCUCUAUCUUAAUCUUUUCUCAAUUUUUCUUUUCACAAUUUCUCUCUCUCUUACACAGACACACACACACACCCGGUAAGUUUGCCCAAAUUUCCCUACUUGGGUCCAGGAGGAAAUUGUUCACUCCUCUCUCUGGUCUGCUCCUAAAUCAUCACUUCCUUGUCAGGAGUGAUAAACUUCUCUUCUCCCUCUUUUUCCAAACCCCAGUCUUCCCUCAUAGCCCUGUGAUAUCUCCUACUCCAAGUCCCCCUGCCAAGCUCUUCACUGCCCCCGCCUUUGUCCCCUGAAGUUUGAAGGGUCCCAGCCUGCAGCAACAGCUCAGAGGAACCGGGCGCCCUCCAAGCUGCCUGUUCUCCCAUCCAGCCAGAAAUCUCCAAGAAAGGAGGAAAAGAAGACAAGAAAAACCAGACUGAGACGUAAUUUCCUCCCAAGCAGUUCAAAUGGGCUCUGUUCUCCAGGAUAAAUAACCCCCCACUCCUUCUCCUACCGCAUUUGGGGGGUGCGUGUCCUCUGAUCUUUUUCUCCAGGUUAGCUUUCUGGAUCCCCAGUCCUCCUUUUCACCCCCACCCCACCAUGCCCCGGGGCUCCUGGUGUUGCCAGAAGGGACCACAAUGGGUUGAGGAGACUCUGGGAGGAGAGAGGUCCUCCUCUGUCUUUGGAAAGCUCCUCCAGCCUCCCUCAGCUCAGCUCCAGGCCAGACCCUCAGGCAGCCCAGUCUCACAGGCCCGCAGCUGGCUAGGUGCCCUCUGGGGUUUCUUAAUUCCUGGAGGUAAUGCUGUGCAGCCCCACAGUGACCAGGUUCUCCUCUUCCCUCAGUUUUGCAAUGACCUUCUCUAGCUAGUGGUAGCAGCAGCUUAGGAGAGCUGAAGGUCUGAGGUACAUUUUUGACUUUCAAUAUUGGGGAGUGAGAGAAAAGACCCAAAGGUGCCCUUUCUCUCAGGCCUCCGGAAGCCUCCCUGGGCUGAGUCCCCAACCCACCAGGCCCAAAGCCACAUAGAACCAACAUCGCAGGUCUCUAACCAGGGUCUAGAAAUCUCAGGACAGGCUCCGUGCAGCCACGUGUACACACACACACACACACACACACACAAGCAGCCAUGAUGGCGUUCUUUGAGGGGCCUGGCUUGAGUCGAAACAUAGGCUUGGACUUGGGCAUUUUCUGUUCUUGUUACUCCUAAUAAACAGAAAAAUGGUUCCCACCCUCUAUCCUCACCACUCCCCCCUUCGUUUAGCCACCAGCUCUCUAGGCAGGGGGUAAGGUCCUUGGGACGUCACAGUCGGAGUUUCUGCAUGUGGUUCCUGUUGCUGGGGGGCAGGGAAGCCAUGGGUCCCACCCACCCCCUGCUCAGCAAGGCCCCAAGAAACUGGCUGCUCUAGCCCACGAAAAAACUGACUUAGCAGGACUGAAAGCCGUAGGGGCAAGAGGAGGCCCGGGGAGCACUCUCUAGGAGAGUAGGACUCUUUCUCAGCUCAAAGCAGAGCUUGUGAGUAGGGUGUGAGGGAAGCUUUGCCAGACAAGGCCACCCUCUCCUGGAGGGGACAAAAUAGCUGGAAACAUCUCUCACCUUUGUUCUCCCAGUCCCAUCUCUUCUGGUGCAUCCAGAUGGGAGAAGGCAAAAGCCAAGCAUUCUAACCAGGAGGUCACAGGGUAUUGGCUGGCUCUGUCUACUGGAAGUUAACAGGUUUUCCAAGCUGCCUUUUGUAGAAAAGAGAGACUCUCUGCCUUCUAUUUUAUCCCCUAAGCCCCGAGUCAGCAGUUAGGCAGAGUUGCAAACACUCCUGCUUUGGGAGAUGUCCUGGUCCUCUGUUUGUCUCUCCUCCACCGGGAGUGGCGCUUCCCCACCCCCGCCCCAAAUCUGCAGACACCUACAUUCUUGACUCAUGGCUCCCUCCUACAGGCCUCCUCGCCUUUUCCUGCCCUUCUCAAACCCACCCUAAGAAAAGUUUAGCUUUUGUAGUCCUCCUCACUUGGGCCAAGAGCCAUAAAUCUUGCAGAGCUAAGAGAAACAAACAGGUUUGUUCUGGAUAGUAAUAAUAACUACCCUCCUUCUCUUUUGCCAGCGCAUUUAAGAUGAAGCCAUUUUGGUAGCUCUUCUCACCUUCUUAGAAGUACAAAUGUCCUUAUCACCCUUAGUCCCUUCUGCCUAUCUGGAGGUGAGAAUCUUAACAGAAACUUCUCCGUUAAGUUCUUACAGCCUCUCUAUUGCCAGCCGUGUCUGGAGCUCAAGCGAACAGAGUGCUCCUUUUGUCACCCUCCCCUCAACCCCCCUCCUCCUGCAAGAUGGUCUGGAUUUUUAAAAUAAUCACUCACCGCUUGUUGUCUGUUCUCAAAGGGGGGGGGUGUUAAAAAAAAAAAAAAAAGGAAGGUCUGGCUGUCCCCCCUACCGGUUGGAAACUGAGCCUGGAGAUUUGCGGGGUGAGAGAAGAAAUAGGGAGGGUGUGGGGGAAGAGAAGAAACAGACUGGGAGACUUGGAGUGGGGGAGCCAGGGAAAGAGGGCGGGAGACCUAGCCACCAGUCCCGGAGGAGUGAAACUACUUUAAAAAAAAAAAAAAGGCAGCAAGCCCCAGUGUUGCCACUGCAAAUCAACGCAGAGGGGCACCCAGCACCCCCACCCCCCAGGCACCUUGGGUGCCUUUGACUAGGCCUCCCCACCUACUUCUCAGUUAGCAUAAUGGUUUACCAGUGGGGUGCAGGCGGAGCUGUGAAAUCCACCGGCUUUGCCUUGCCUGUGCCCUCCUCUUCCUCCCCCGCCAAAAUCUCAAUUUAAAAAUUUACCUGUUCCUAGAAAACAAAAACAAAACCAAAAAUCUACACCUUUUCCUUCUCACUUUUUUUUUGGGGGGGGAGGGGGGGUGUUAAAAAACGGCCCCCUCCCCCAUCACCACCAACACCUUCUUCCCUCCUUAUCAGGCAUCUAAGCUUGCUAAAGGGGGAGUGGUGGGGGUGUGUGUGAGCUUGUGUGUGUGUGAGUGAGUGAGUGUGUGUGUGUGUGUGUGUGUCUGUGUCUGUGUGGUUUUUUUCCCUGUGCAAAAGCAGAGGCCAUUGUUACGGAGAGUAGGGCGUACCAGUCUUGUAGGGCAACCACACUGUGGCGGCUUGGCCGAGCCGGAGCCCGGAGCUGGAUUCUCAGCGAGCUGAGCCGCCCGAGCACCUUUCGGAGGGGAGAUUUCUCGCCUGCCGCUCGCGCUGGGGCUCGAUGUGAAUAUAUAUUAUGUCUGCCUGUUCUCCCCUCGUCGGUGGCUAAGGUCAGCCGCUCCCAACGGACUCGGGAGGAGGGGGGCAGAAAGGGGAGGGGGGGUCCGGCGCCUCACGUGACCCCCGCGGGUGCCAAUGUCCGGUCCUGAGGGUAUCAGGCUCUUGCAAGUUGCCACCCACUGCCCGGGCCUCGCCCAGCGAUGCAGAAAGCCACCUACUACGACAACGCCACGGCAGCACUCUUCGGAGGCUAUUCCUCGUACCCUGGCAGCAAUGGCUUCGGCUACGACGGUCCCCCCCAACCCCCCUUUCAGGCCGCCGCGCACCUGGAGGGCGACUACCAGCGCUCGGCGUGUUCGCUGCAGUCCCUGGGCAACGCCGCCCCGCAUGCCAAGAGCAAGGAGCUCAACGGCAGCUGCAUGAGGCCCGGCCUGGCCCCCGAGCCCCUGCCCGCCCCGCCCGGCUCACCCCCGCCCAGCGCCGCACCUACCAGUACCACUAGCAACAGCAGUAAUGGGGGCGGGCCCAGCAAAAGCGGCACCCCCAAGUGCGUUCCCGGCUCCAACUCCACCCUCACCAAACAGAUAUUCCCCUGGAUGAAAGAGUCAAGGCAAACGUCCAAGCUGAAAAACGGCUCCCCCAGCACAGCGGAGGGCUGCGGCGGCGGCGGCAGUGGCGGCGGCAGUGGCAGCGGCGGGGGCGGCGGCGGCGGCGGCGGCGGCGGGGGAGGGGACAAGAGCCCCCCGGGGUCGGCGGCGUCCAAGCGCGCGCGGACGGCGUACACGAGCGCGCAGCUGGUGGAGCUGGAGAAGGAGUUCCACUUCAACCGCUACCUGUGCCGGCCGCGCCGCGUGGAGAUGGCCAACCUGCUGAACCUCAGCGAGCGGCAGAUCAAGAUCUGGUUCCAGAACCGGCGCAUGAAGUACAAGAAGGACCAGAAGGCCAAGGGCCUGGCCUCGUCGUCCGGGGGCCCCUCCCCCGCCGGCAGCCCCCCGCAGCCCAUGCAGUCCACCGCCGGCUUCAUGAACGCCUUACACUCCAUGACCCCCAGCUACGAGAGCCCGUCCCCGCCUGCCUUCGGCAAAGCCCACCAGAAUGCCUACGCGCUGCCCUCCAACUACCAGCCCCCUCUCAAAGGCUGCGGCGCCCCGCAGAAGUACCCCCCGACCCCGGCGCCCGAUUACGAGCCUCACGUCCUCCAAGCCAAUGGGGGCGCCUAUGGGACGCCCACCAUGCAGGGCAGCCCCGUGUACGUGGGCGGGGGCGGAUACGCGGAUCCGCUGCCGCCCCCUGCCGGCCCCUCCCUCUACGGCCUCAACCACCUUUCCCACCACCCUUCGGGGAACCUGGACUACAAUGGGGCGCCCCCUAUGGCCCCCAACCAGCACCACGGACCCUGCGAUCCCCACCCUACCUACACAGACCUCUCCUCUCACCAUGCGCCUCCUCCUCAGGGUAGAAUCCAAGAAGCGCCCAAAUUAACACACCUGUGAUGGGAGAGGGAGGGCGGAGGGUCGAGGCCAUGGGGUGGAUGAGAGCCAGAAGGGGCGCGAGGCCGCGGGGCUCCAGGAGGGCAGCCCGGAGGUCUGACGGAGAAGGCCAGGAGGUGAUAGCCACACUUUCUGGGAAGGCCAGGCCUGCAGCUCCUUUCCCUUCCCCUGGCCUGAAAAGUUACAUUUUAAGGUUCCCCCAGUCCCUGGUUGGAGUGGAAUCCACAGCGGAUUGUGGAGAAGACCCCAUCAACCCUAGGCCUCCAGCAAUACCCAGUUGGGAUCCUAUGAUCCCCAGUGGGGUGGAGGAAGAGGAGAUAGGAAAGCAAGGUAGAAAAGCACAUUAAAACAAACAAAAACAGACAAGAUGGCUAGGCCAUCACCAACCAACCAACUUACCUUCCAUCUCUGUGGUUAAUUCCUCCAAAUCUUGAUUUUUUUUACCCCCUUCCAAUUCUCCUUUUAAAAAACAAAAGAAAGCGCAUUUCAAAACCAAGGGCACAAAGCACGCUCCCCUCCCACUUCCAUGAAGCCUCAAGUUUUUUCCCAACUAUUUGAGUCUUACUGGGCAUUCCCUCCAUUUUUAGCCCCAUAGUUUCUGCUUUAGGACAUUAAUAUCUCUUCCCCGCCCCCAUCUAUUACGGUUUUCAGAGGGCUCAGGGAUGGUGAGAGAUCCUGAAAGUCAGAGCUGUCUAUAUUAUAAAUAUAUAUAUUUUUCUUUUAUGGAAACUGGGAGGUCAGAGCAGGCAAGGUGUCAGGACUAAAGGUUUGCCCAUUCUGCUGCCUCCCAUCUCAGCUCCAGAACCAUCCCCCUCUCUCCACAGAAAGCAAUCGGCAACACGAGGUUCUACACUUUUCUUUUCUUCUGUUGCUCUCUUGACUUAACGUGAAAACAGGGUAUAUUUUAACAAACUGUCUGUCCCACGCAGGGGCUGCAGCUGGGCCUGUGCGCCUUGCCCAACCCCCUGACAGGACACUUUUGUUGCACUUAGAGUUUACAUUUUAAUGGAUAUAAAAACAACUGUGAGAGAUGCCUGGGCCUGCAGGAAUCCAGCAUCGCUCAAAAAGUGUGUUCUAGUGAACAUUUUCAUAUAUAUUUAUUGGUUAUAGCUUGUUAAAAUAUUUUCUUUUUUGUAUUAUUUAUCCCCCCUACAUUAUGUAUUUAUAUGAGGGAAAAAAAUGAAAAACUGUACUUUUUUAGUAUUUACUUGUUAUAAAGGACAUUGUGUUUCCUGUCAUGUAAAACCAGCUAUUUUAGUUAUUAUUGUACUCUAGAAAAGAGCUGUAGAUUUAUGUUAAACUCGUACUUAUGAGCAAUUGUAAUUAGUUCUAAAAGGCAUGAACUCAGCUCCUAUUGUCACUGUAUAGUCCUGAAUUUGUAGAAUUAGACUUAAUUCCCUCUUGGAACUUUCUUUGUUCUUCUGUAGUUACUUUUUUCCUUACUUGAAAGGGUUGUCUGUCAAACAAUUCUUGAAUAAACUUUCUGUUAACAAUUUUA